UCACCGAUGGCGCCACUAAAGGGUCGAUAACUGUGGCUGCAUUAAAUAACUAUUCAUACAAAUGAAAAUAGAUUGAAGACUGUUCAAAUGACUGCAUAUGUAAUUAAAAAUGCCUCCGAAGCCUAAAACGAACGUCAAAAAAGGGAUUUCUAGGAAUAAAAAUACAGAACCUCCCAAUGCAGUGAACCCUUCAUGUUCAAAUGCAGAAACUGCAAGUGGUCUAAGCCAGGAAGCCGAGGACCAAUUUGAGUUAGAAUUAUGUUGGUGCAUCCAACAAUUACAAGUGUAUCUAGCUACUGGGAAACUUUCAGAGAAGCAGGCGCGUGAUUUGACUAAAAACGUAAGUGUUUUAAGAAGUUCCACCGCACCUCUGAUCAAAAAGAGGCAAAUAAUGCGGACUACCUUAGGGAAUUACAGAGAGAAAAUGUUGCUGGACGAGCAGAAACACAGCAAAUCCGCGUCCUCUAUGAAAUUUAUACCUGGUCCUACACAGAAUAAGAAGUGUGUGUUUGUAAGGAAGGCUGCGUGUAAAUUACCAAGCGAGAAACAGCACUCGCAUAUAGAUACGGUACUCUUUAAUUCAAACUCAUCCGUAACUUCUGUCGAUAUGGAUAAUGCACAGACUGUCUUUAAGUUUAACUUUCAACUUGCAGAAUAAGUGACAUGUUUACUACAUUUUAUAUUGUACACGUUUAUAUGCAUUUCAGUAAUAUAAGUAUUUUAUAAGUAUUUAUGGACAGUUUUGUUUACCCAAAUAAAGAAACUAUAAAUAAUUUUAAAUAGUAUUCUUGGUGACAUUGUUCCAACCGUGUUCAGAUUUUAAUAUAUACUAAAACAAUAGACUCCGUUUUAACACGGUCCUGUGGCGCAACGGAUAACGCGUCUGACUACGGAUCAGAAGAUUCCAGGUUCGAAUCCUGGCAGGAUCGAUUCAAUUUUUUUCCGUUUAACGAUUUUUUAAACUGCUAAUAAUAAACAUUACCAUACUUUUCCUAUUAUAAAAACGCGAAUAACAAACAUUCAAUAAACUUGGAAGUUAAUGAAAUUGAAAUGGGACGAAUACUUGCGAGAGAAAAUAAAUUUAAAACUGAAAGCGUACUAAAAUUUCUAAUAAUAUAAAUUAACUACUGAAUGAAAUUAUCAUUGAUUUAUAUAAAUUAAAUGCUCGAGGCAGAGGGAUCUAGCAUAUUCGAGGCGACAAUGAAAGUCAUUUAUGUAAAUAAAUAUUUAGUUAUGAUAUAUUUAACAACCAGUAGUAACAAAGGUAUUUCGUCUCUCUUACGUACUUAUAGCAACAGAACAGCACUCUUUAUCGUAUGGUACAAGCUUGAAUCCGUAUAGAACUAUAUAUAUAAUAUAUGCAUAUAGGAUGUCUCAAAAGUCUAUCGCAUAAUUUUAUUAAUAACCAUCGGUCUAAAAAUGUAUCAAUACAAACAAAAAAAAAAACAAUAA